AUGGCUGCCGCAGUCUCGUCCUCCCCAAGCCGAGAGCGCAAGCCCUCGGUUGGGGCACCCAUUUCGACUCUGCAAGGUCCCGUCGGUCCUGGCUUUUCCAGACCGAAGCACAAGCGGACAGCCACCGGGUUUGCCGCGGGAGACAUUAAGGCUGUGGAAUCCAGCAUCCCGGAGCACAUGCGAGAAGCAUGGAGGAAAUUCUCUCCUGCGGGCUUCACGACGAAGGACGAGUUCGAGGCAGAAUGCGUCAGACAUGUCGAGACGACAUUGGCAAGAUCCCUAUACAACUGCGAUGAACUAGCUGCAUAUUCUGGGACUGCGCUGGCCUUCCGAGACCGGUUGAUCAUCGACUGGAACAAGACUCAACAGAGACAGACAUUCGUGGACCAGAAGAGAAUCUACUACUUGUCCCUGGAGUUUUUGAUGGGUCGAACCUUGGACAAUGCAAUGCUCAAUGUUGGUCUGAAGAAAGUGGCCCAAGAGGGCCUCGGUGAUCUAGGUUUCCGUAUCGAAGACGUCGUCAACCAAGAACACGACGCGGCCCUGGGAAACGGCGGUCUCGGUCGAUUGGCGGCUUGCUUCCUUGACAGUCUUGCUUCGUUGAACUAUCCAGCCUGGGGCUAUGGCCUUCGCUACAGAUACGGCAUCUUCAAGCAAGAGAUUGAAAAUGGUUACCAGGUUGAAAUUCCCGAUUACUGGUUGGACUUCAACCCGUGGGAGUUUGCGCGACAUGAUGUGACGGUGGACGUCCAAUUCUACGGCUGGGUCAACAAAUACACCAACGAUGAAGGGAAACAGGUGGUGUCCUGGCAAGACGGUGAGCUGGUCACCGCGGUGGCUUAUGAUGUGCCUAUCCCCGGGUAUGGAACAUCCACCGUCAAUAACCUGCGUCUGUGGUCCAGCAAGGCAUCCAGUGGCGAGUUUGACUUCUCCAAGUUCAACUCGGGUGACUACGAAAGCGCGGUGGCCGACCAGCAGCGUGCGGAGACCAUCUCGGCGGUGUUGUACCCCAACGACAACCUCGAGCGAGGCAAGGAACUUCGACUGAAGCAGCAGUAUUUCUGGUGUGCCGCAUCUCUCCAUGACAUUGUCCGUCGAUUCAAGAAGACUCAACGGAAGUGGUCCGAGUUCCCCGACCAAGUGGCCAUACAAUUGAACGAUACUCACCCGACACUUGCUAUCGUCGAGCUGCAACGGAUUCUGGUGGACAAGGAGGGGCUGGAAUGGGACGUCGCAUGGGGCAUCGUCACCAAGACCUUUGGCUACACCAACCACACGGUGUUGCCGGAAGCCUUGGAGAAAUGGUCGGUUCCCUUGAUGCAGAAUCUCCUCCCUCGUCACCUCAGCAUCAUUUACGACAUCAACCUGUUCUGGCUGCAAUCGGUGGAGCGCCGCUUCCCCAAGGAUCGCGACAUGCUGGCCAGAGUCUCGAUCAUCGAAGAGUCGCAGCCUAAGAUGGUCCGCAUGGCGUAUCUCGCCAUCGUGGGAUCUCACAAGGUCAAUGGUGUGGCCGAGUUGCACUCUGAUCUGAUCAAAACGACCAUUUUCAAGGACUUUGUCAAAGUCUACGGCCCCGACAAAUUCACCAAUGUGACCAACGGGAUCACCCCUCGACGAUGGCUGCAUCAGGCCAACCCUCGCCUGUCCGAGCUGAUCGCUUCGAAGUUGGGAGGCUACGAUUUCUUGAAGGACUUGACCCUCCUGAACAAGCUGGAGCCCUUUAUCGAUGACAAGGAAUUCAAGAAGGAAUGGGCGGAGAUCAAGUAUGCCAACAAGGUCCGACUUGCACAACACAUUCUCAAGACCACCGGAGUCAGCGUCAACCCCAAGUCGAUGUUUGACGUCCAGGUGAAACGUAUCCACGAAUACAAGAGACAGCAGCUCAACAUCUUCGGGGUCAUCCGCCGGUACCUCGCCAUCAAGGCCAUGACCCCAGAAGAGCGCAAGAAGCUUUUGCCGCGUGUGUCUAUCUUCGGCGGCAAGGCUGCUCCGGGUUACUGGAUGGCCAAGACCAUCAUCCACCUGAUCAACAAGGUCGGAGAGGUUGUCAACAAGGAUCCCGACGUGGGUGACCUUCUCAAGGUCAUUUUCAUCGAAGACUACAAUGUGAGCAAGGCGGAAAUCAUCUGCCCUGCCUCCGACAUCAGUGAACAUAUCUCGACGGCAGGCACCGAAGCCUCAGGGACCAGCAACAUGAAGUUUGUGCUGAACGGUGGCUUGAUCAUUGGCACGCUUGACGGAGCGAACAUCGAAAUCACUCGGGAAAUCGGCGAGCAGAACGUGUUCCUGUUCGGGAAUCUGGCCGAGGAUGUGGAGGAUCUCCGACACAACCACUAUUAUGGUCAUUACACUCUCGACCCUGAAUUAGCCAAGGUCUUUGACUGCAUCAAAUCCGGUACCUUUGGUAAGGAAGGUGGCUUUGACUCUCUCAUUUCUGCCAUUGCGGACAACGGCGACUAUUACCUUGUCAGCGACGAUUUCCACAGCUACUGCAAAACUCAGGACCUCAUCGACGAGUCAUACAGAAACCAGGAGGAAUGGUUGAGCAAGUCAAUCCUGAGCGUGGCAAGAAUGGGGUUCUUCACAUCCGAUCGAUGCAUCAACGAGUAUGCGGACAGCAUCUGGAACAUUGAGCCCCUUGAGGUCAAGGAUGAGGAUGAGGUCCGCGCACGGACUGGGCUUGGAAACUAG